AUGUGUCGCGACGGAGACCUCGUCGAUGUGUCCCUGUGGUGCGAAGGUCGCAGGAUACGCGCCCAUAAAGCUUUGCUGGCCGCAUGUAGUCCUUACUUUAAAACCGUGUUCAAGGAAAACCCGUCCCAACAUCCGGAUAUUAUCUUCCACAACGUUCGUUACAGCGACCUAGCGGCGAUCGUAGAGUAUAUUUAUCAUGGAGAGUUGAUGAUUGCUCAUGAUCAACUGAUGUCGUUUUUGCACACCGCCAAAACGCUAUCGAUUCGGGGUCUGGUGGAUGCUUCGAAAGAGCCCCAACCGCCGCAGCACACGGUGUGGUCUUCUAGUUCGACGUCCCAGCAACAAAACCUAAUACUGACAUCACCGAUGCUGUCUGAGAAGAAUAAUGUAACACAGUACCCAACAUCGAGUUCCGUAUCACUAGAUCACCAACAACAGCCAACGAUUGCCGAAAUGCAAGCUGCGCCGCAACUCCGACAGCAGGAGCAAACACCGCUACUAUCACACCAAGUACAGGAUGAGGUACAGCAACUCCCACAAGAUAUACAACAAGAACAGGAAUCGCAGCAAUUGAUGCAAGAGAUGGACGUUCAAACUCAACAAGAAUGUCAGGAGCAGAUAAUGCAGUGCAACACGAUGCAGACAGUGCAAACGAUGGAAACGAUAGAAGCAAAUCCACAGGAGCCCACCAAUGAAAUAGUGGGUGCUACGAGGACGACAUUAACCGACGAGAUAAGGGAGCAGCACAAUAGCGAGAAUUCGAAUCUGGAUGAGGGUGAGCAUCUAUUUUCAUAA